GUGGAAUUCAAUUAUCAGUAGGAAAAGUUGGUGCAUUUUUUUUUCCAUUUAUUCAUGUGUAUUUAGGGGCUAUGUGAGUUAGUGUUGUAUGUUGUCCUUACUUAAAAUGAUUAUUAUUAAUGAACAUUAUGAUAAAUAUCGUAUGGAUGUUGAUAUCCAUUUCUCUGAAUUGAAUUAGUUGCAGCACUUGGUGUGAACUCCCAUUCAGAUGAAUGUGCACGUUGUCUAGACUGGUAAAAGAGCUUUAAGCUGUUUGUGCCUACAGUCUAACAAAUGAUCUAUGUUGUUUUUAUUAUUUAAGUUGUAGUAUAGGUGGCAUGUAUUGAAGUAAGAUGAAGGGCAAGCUUUGUAAAGGUAUCCAUACAGUUUGUAUGGUAAGACAUCCAAGGGGCACACAGUCGAUAUUACUUUCAGUUUUAGGUGGUUUAAACAUUGUAUACCUGCCUGGACUCUGCUGUGCUGUACUUUCCUGAAGUCCUAAUUUCCAUUUGUAAGACUUUUUUUCUUUGAAAGAUCGACUGUUAUGAGUAGUCAUCAAAACAUUACUGCUGUUUACUUUGUGUGUUUGGAGCAAGGAGAACAAACUACUGAAGUAGUCUGAAAUGCCUUUUCUGAAGUAGUAAUAGGUUAAAACUGAAGUUGGCUUUUGUUUUGUCGUAAUUGCCAGUGGAUUGUUGACCUGUGCUGUGGUUUAUGUGUAUUUCUAAAAGAAAUGUUAAAGAAUUUCUACAGUCCAUUUUUGGAGCAAAAUGUACAUUACUGAAUAUUGUUUAAUUUUUUUUUUUAUUUUAUAAUGUAACUUCAAAAUUAGUUUUUAGGAAUUUAAAUGGUUCUUAUUAAAGCAUAACAUGAAACUAGAUGCUUCAGUGAAGUAUCCUAAUCAAGAUUAAUUUCCUUUGCUAUUUCUCAUUUGACGUUACCUCAUCUGGUAUCCAGUUUAGUGUUUCAUGUUGAGCUCUGUUGUGUUUUGGUUGGUUGGUUCACUGUUUGUCUGCUUGUUUUGGGGGGAAGCUUAUGAAUUGUUCUGCUUUUUCCUUCCCCCUCCCACCCCACCCCCCUCCCCCUCGAACACCAUGGUCACUUCUAUUGAAAAUACAGAAUUCUAAGCAUAAGAAUUGAUGCUUUUUGCUAGACUGAGUAACUUUAUUCCUGUAUACAUUUUCUUACUCAUCGUACCAACUCAUUUUUGAACUAUAAGGUUAUUGCAGUGGAAUUAGUUCACUUGAAUGUGCGAUAUCAUUUUGAAUUCUGAUUUUCUAAGAUUAUACAAAUGUAUGGAUUAUAAGUGCUGACUGAGGAAUCUUGGUUUCCUGUGCUUUUAUCACUAGAUUGAACUGUAUGCUUAAUUUGGGUACCCACUCCCACCACUGUUCAGGUUCACGUUAGCCAAUUUUUUAAUUCAGUGAAAUUUGACUAUUUUGCUGACAGUGGUAACUUUGCUUUAUGAGCAUAGUAAAUAUUUGUCUUAUAUUUUCCCUUUGAAAUGUAAUAACAGAAUAUGCUACCUGGUUUUAGUCUGUGUGCCAGGACUUCAGUGAUAAUAGGUGUAAAUAGUACUGUAUCACUGAAGUCAUGGCAUGCUAAUAGGCAUAAAUAAUACUGCGCAGGUUGCUUAUGCAGCUGUUCUGUUGGGAUUCUUGUUUGGGAGUCCUCUGGCUGAUAUAUUCCUUAUGCUUCAGCAGAUGCUUUCUGCCACCUACCGUUUGCUUUGCAACACUGCUGGUUAUUUUAGUUCCCUACUUGGAUUUUCAAUGCUCUGACCCUACUGGAGUAAUUUUUUUUUUUUUUAAUCUAAAUGGUUUAAUUGUUUGAUUUUUUUUUUGUUGUUGUUUUUUUCCUCUUGGAUUAGCUGUGCAAAUGCUUGAUGUAACCUGUGGUUUAUAUAAAGAAUGUCUGGGCUGACUAGAACUGUCAGAGAAGAGUUGUACAGUUGGGACCUAAGGGGGGGGUCACAACAGGGAUAAUGUGGAGGCCUUUAUCUGUUUUCUUCCAGACAGCAACUGCUGAUAGUGGCAGAUCUGGGAGUUUACCACUCUACCUCCAAUCUCUAAUCUAAGUGUUGUUCAGGAUGCGAGCACGGAUGUUGGCUGUGCCUGCUAACUUAGUGCUUCCAUUUCUCCUUGUUUCUGUUCCCAUCCAUCCAUUUAUAUCUAUGAUGACAAGUCAUGGGGUUUAAGAAAACAAAUCAAACAUCCUGCCUAGCAGGUGUGAAUGAAAACAGGAGGAAAAAAGUUUUGUAGAACUGUUGCAACAAGUAGGUUGCAACUUAAUGAAGCAAAUCAAUUAAAGCUUGAUGUAGAAUGGUUUCAAACUCUACACGUUUGAAGGCAUUAAUCUCUGAAACAGUAACAGUAAUUAGUUUGGCACUGUCACUAACAGUGAGUUGUGAGAUAGAGUAGCUCAGCCUUCUAACAUACUGUAAUAAAUAUAUGGCCCAGAACUGCUGUGAAAACAAGACCGUCUGUUCAUAUGUCAGUCAGGAAAACACUAGACCUAUAAAUUAACUAUCUGGUUUAUUGCCUCGAUGAGCAAGACUUGUGGGGUUGGAUUUGUUUUAUUUUUUUUCCUGUUAUCUGGGACUCAGAGUCCCGGGUACUGAGUAAUAUACUGUGCAAAUACAGCCUGCAAGAGUAAUUACAGAACAGUUAAUUGGAACCCAUUGCCGCCCCACCACCUGAAAGCAGUGUUCCAGUCCUUCAGCAGCUCAACAGGAGUUGCUGAUUUUUCCAGUUCUUAUAAUUGGGUAGCAAUCAUACAUAGUAUACCUGCAUGAGAAUGUAUUUUUAUUUCUGCUUCUGCUUUGCUUUGCUUUUAUUACUGCUGCUCUUUUGCUAACCUUACAGAUGCUCUGAUUUAGAGGUAUGCCAGAGGAAUAUCUCUAAAAGAAAAUAUCAAAGGUGAUGUGACAGGAUUACUGCUUUUCUUCUACAUCAUCCGGUGUUACCAGAGUUCGUUUGAGAUUGUACUUGCUGUCAGCUUCCCACUUAUUGAAAGAUGUCACCAGUUGGAGCAGCGUUUUCCUUUUCCUGUCUCCGUCCUGGAGUAUGGCUGCUGAAGCCAGGCAUACAGAAGAAGAGCUCCCUUGGUUUCCAUACAGCAGCCAGGUGUGCUGCCAAGGAUUAUUAUGAAGUACUUGUGCUGGGUGGAGGCUCUGGUGGAAUCACCAUGAGCGCUCGGAUGAAGAGGAAAGUGGGGGCAGGGAACGUGGCUGUUGUUGAGCCAAGUAAGACUCAUUACUAUCAGCCUCUGUGGACCCUGGUUGGUGCUGGUGCAAAGCAGCUGUCAGCUUCUGCACGUCCAACAGAAAGUGUGAUGCCUGAAGGUGUUGAGUGGAUUAAAUCUCGAGUUACAGCAUUGGAUCCAGAUAAGAACUGUGUGAGGCUGGAGAAUGAUGUCAAGAUAUCUUACAAAUACUUGAUAAUUGCCCUUGGGAUUAGUCUGCAUUACGAAAAGAUCAAAGGCUUGCCUGAGGGUUUUCAUCACCCUAAAAUAGGUUCCAAUUAUUCAGUUCAUACAGUAGAGAAAACGUGGAAAGCCUUGCAAGAUUUCAAGGAAGGAAAUGCUAUCUUCACUUUUCCAAACACUCCGGUGAAAUGUGCAGGGGCUCCUCAGAAAAUCAUGUAUUUAUCUGAGGCCUACUGGAGGAAAACAGGAAAACGACCCAAAGCAAACAUAAUGUUCAACACUUCACUUGGUGUCAUUUUUGGUGUUAAAAAAUACGCUGACGCAUUGCUUAAAAUAAUAGAGGAGAGGAAUAUUGCUGUUAACUAUAAGUGCAACCUUAUUGAAGUUCGAGCAGACAAGCAAGAAGCUGUGUUUGAAAACCUGGACAAACCUGGAGAGACUGAAGUUCAUCAGUACGAAAUGCUUCAUGUCACACCUCCGAUGGGGCCACCUGAUGUACUUAUCAACAGCCCUGUCUCUGAUGAAAUCGGCUGGGUAGAUGUAAAUAAGGAAACUCUACAACAUAAAAAGUAUCCCAAUAUUUUUGGUAUUGGAGAUUGCACCAACCUUCCAACAUCAAGAACUGCUGCGGCUGUAGCUGCCCAAUCCGGAGUGCUUGAUAAAACUAUUUCCCUGGUAAUGAAGAACCAGUCGCCAACUAAAAAGUAUGAUGGAUAUACUUCCUGCCCACUGGUAACAAGCUAUAACAAGGUGAUUCUAGCAGAAUUUGACUACAAUGCUCAGCCUUUGGAGACCUUUCCCAUUGACCAAAGUAAGCAGAGAACAUCAAUGUACCACAUGAAAGCUGAUAUGAUGCCCUUUCUCUAUUGGAAUGCAUUACUCAAAGGAUACUGGGGAGGACCGGCUCCUAUCAGAAAGCUGAUGCAUCUAGGCUUGAAGUAAAUGCUGGUUCUCAGUUCAAGUUCUUGAAGAAAUAAGACUGGCCUCGUGCUGGAUGAGUAUGUAUACUUCCUUUUGGACAUCUCUUCAAUAGACAGGCUUCUUUAAUCAUCAAGUUUUUGUCCCAGACUUAACUUUCCACCUCCUAGGGAUUAAGCCUUACUACUUUCUUCUAUGUAAUCCAAGGCCUUAAAUUAAUUCUGUAUGUAGAUAGCAGUUUCAACUCAAAUGUGAGCUUGCCUUCAGCUGCAAGCCACUACUGAAACUUCCUACAGUAAUCAAUGCCCUUAAAUCAGUUUUGUAUGUAAGGGAUUUUCUGUGACUGUAGCCCAACUUCCUUGCUUCCAAGAUCUAAAUGUGCACUUAAUAAAAUAAUUAAAUGCUAGUAAAACA